AUGGUCAAGAACGCCGAGGACGAUCUCGGCGGCCUCCUCGAGCUCGGCGCCGCGCCGCCCGCGGAGUCGCUGCCCGGCGGCGAGGACGAGGAGGAGCAGGCCUUUGUCGAGAAGCCGCCCGCGGACGCGCCCUCGGCCACGGCCGUGGCGGCGGCCGCCGCGGCCGCCGUGAAGGAAGCGGACCCCAUGGCGGACAUUUUCGGCGACUUUGACUCCGCGGACGAGGCGGAGGCGGCUCGGGACGCGGCGCUGGAGAAGGCGAACGCGGACGAGGAGGAGGGCGACGGCGAGCCGCUGGCCAAGCGGCCCCGGGAGGCGUAG